GGAGCUGCGCAGCCAGUUUGGUGCCAUAUUGCCCACAAAAUGUCGGAUAGCAAUUAUCAAAGUGCUGACACCUUGGACCAUUCGGGUGACCAGUACAUCAACGAAUAUGCAGAAUAUAGUGAAGAUCCUUUGAUAUCUUCUCUAGAUGCCACUGACAUAAUCACAUCAUCACAGGAAACAUUAAACGAGGAUUUAAGAGAAAACAGAGCAUUGUUGCAAGCUACUGUCUUUGUUGAAGAUGCUAUAGAGCAUCGUUCUGUGUUUCACAAAGUUGAUACCCGAUCAUUGAGUUUAUACAGAAUCUAUCACUCUACUUUGGUCAGAUGGAUACUCCGUAUAACAAUCUCUAGCCUUUUAGCCCUGGCAUUCUUUGAGUACCCAUCAUCACUAACGAUAAGUGCAGAUCCAAGUAAGAUAAAAAAUAGACCAAAUCCACCAUGCGGUCUUACAGAAGCAAUUGAAUUGUUUUGCCUUUUGAUACUUACUUGUGACUUUACAUUUAAGUUUGUUAUGAUUGGGAAGAGACAAGCAAGGAAAUCCAAAUGGCUAAUUGGAUAUUUCUUUGUGCUGUUUAUUUCAUAUCUUGAUCUAGUUGUCACAUUUGGUUACAAAUGUAAAGAGCAUUACAGAAUUAGACGUCUUUUGAGGCCAUUUUUCAUCUUGCAAAAUUCUUCAGUUAUGAAGAAAACGGUCCAAAGUGUCAAGCAAACCAUUCCAGAAAUUCUCAGUGUCCUGUUUCUGUUUGGGCUUCAUCUGUUCUUCUUUACGAUGUUUGGUAUGAUUUUGUUCCCACGAAAGAAUAAUAAAAUGAUUGAUUUUCUAUCUGAUUCUGGGGAAGGAAAAGAAUAUUUCAAGGAUUUAGGCAGCUCCAUUAUCAGUCUUAUUGUUCUUCUCACAACGGCAAACAACCCAGAUGUAAUGAUGCCAGCGUACCAGCACAGCAGACUCUACGCUGUAUAUUUCAUAUCAUAUCUAGCUAUCGGUUUAUACUUUUUCAUGAACAUGCUGCUUGCUGUCAUUUAUAAUCAAUUUCGUGGAUCGUUCAUGCGCUCCAUGCAAGCGAGUUUCUUCCGCCGUCGCCUCGGUAUACGUGCUGCAUUUGAAAUUUUAAAGGGGUCUGGUACCUAUGGCUCUCAGUUGCAUUUUCCAAGUGAUGCGGUCAGCAAAUAUUCAGUAAAAAGACUUCUAGACCGAGUCAAGUUUUCUAGAAAAUCAAGAUAUCUUCCAAUGAUGCUUGAGAAACUCAGUGAGAUUGACAGCCAUGCUAUAACUGCAUGUCAGUUCCAAAUGGUUUUUGAUGUUGUAUUUGAAGACUCCGUUAAAAGGCGGCCUCCUGUACGAUCAUUUGAAAACGGGCUGUUGAAAAGACUUCAAAAGAUAAUCAAGCAUUCCUAUUUUCAAUAUUUUGGAGAUCUGAUGGCAUUUUUUAACGCAUUCGUCAUCACUAUUGAGCUGGUCCAGGGAAAAAGCAACCCAGAAACAGGAGCCUCAUUAGUUAAAUUCAAUCUUUGUUUUAUCAUAUACUACGCCGUAGAACAGGUUCUACUAAUAUAUUUCAUCGGAAGAAAACGAUACUUUUCCCACAAGCAUAUUCUGUUUGAAUUUAUGGUUACUUUGCUGUUAGUGGUCGUCGAGGGUGUCUAUUUGGGGUUUUACGGAAAGCAGCUUGGUUCUGGGUAUAUAGAUAUUCGUAAGAAAAGCGAAGAAUACGGAUUUUUUUCAGCAUGGAAUCUUUUAAGGAUUACAAAUAUGUUGAUUAUCGUUAGACUUUUUCGAAUCAUUCCAAGUAUCAAGCCUCUAUCUCUUGUUGCUGGAACGUUAUCGGACUUAGUGAAAAAUAUGAGACCAUUUGGAGGAGUAAUAGUUGUAAUUUAUUAUGUUUUUGCCAUAUUUGGAAUGAUGCUAUUUCAAGGCAAUAGCCCAAAGCCAGAUUCUCCCCCACGAAAUUACACAUGUGGUACAUACGAGCAGCUUAACUACUACUCAAACAAUUUCGACGACUUUGGUGCUGCGUUAGUGGUACUUUGGGAUGUGAUGGUAGUUAAUAACUGGUAUAUCUUCCUCAACGCCUACAAGAAAACAACAUCAACUCCUUGGUCUCAGGCCUACUUUAUUAUCUGGUGGUUUGUCUCUGUCGUGUUAUGUGCAAAUCUACUCAUUGCUCUCGUCCUUGAGGCUUUUUUUACACAACUGGAGAAAAAUCAAGAAAAUUUAAGAAGAAAAACGAGAAGAAAAUUUGCAACGAACGAAGAGACGACACGCCACUUCCGUGUUCAUCAGAUGUUCCGGAACGACAUGCGAGAGCCUGGUGAGGAUGAAUUGCUAAACGAGUUGAACAAGCAGCACUAUUUACGACCGUACAUAAAUUACCGUCCGAUGAGAUUGCUCGACGACUGAGCAGGGCUUCUUCAAACAAAACUGGAGAUUUCAAUUUUUUUGUUGAUUUGCCUGCUAUAAAAUCUAAAUGAAUGUCUGCUACACAAGUAAGAACAGAACCCUUACUUUGGCAUCCGUUUCCCGGAUCCUAGCAUGAUUUCUAGAGAUUCAGAUAGUUGUGAGAAAAUUAAUGGACGCUAUAGAGUAUCAUUAUAAGAACUUUGUGCUUUUUACCUAUCAUUAACAGCUUAAAGAAGAUUCUUAUCUAGAAGAUGGGUCUAAUUGCUUGUUACCUUUAAUAACAUCUUAUUGUUUACCCCAAACAUCAUGCGUUACAGAUAUUGACUUUUUCUUUUUCAACCACAUGGAAAACUUUGAGGUUCAAUUAAUAACUGUAAGUUGUGUUUUGAUAUAGAUGAAAUAUCGAUGCUCAACUAUUGAUCAUAGUUUAACCAGAGUAGCUUCCGUAUUUCGCAGUUUUAGACUCUCGUUAUUUCCAUUCUAACUUCAGUUUAUGCAAUUAUGCAUCAAAUAGAUCUUCAAUAUCUGGGAUUUCUCUUUAACCUGGUAAUAACUUUUGCUAUCCUGUUACCUAGGCCAGAUUCACAUUUUCUUGUAACUUUCAGAUUAUUAACAAGCAAUUUUAUAAACAAACCUCACAAACAAUUCACUAAUAAAAAUUGUUUGUGGUUUUGUAUCUGACAUUACGUCAUACUUACCUCAAUGGCUUCACAUUUCUCUACACCUUUCAGUCCUUGAUCAGUCUGCAAUAACUUUAUUUCCAUUAUUCCCAAUAAAUUUUGUUCAAUUACUGUUUUCUGAGUUCGCCCUUGGUAAUUUUCAAACAAGUCUUAUAUUGACAAAUUCAUUUCUUGAUACGCUUAUUAAAGCUAGAUAGAUAGCUUCCUAGAAAAAUAUUUAAAAAGUGUAAACAGGAUCCAGAAGUUAUUAUGCAAUGGCUACUAGAAGUGACAGGGAUACAGAUAAACGUGUAAAUUAAAAGUAUUAUAUUUGAUUUUUAUGCUUUUUUAGUAUUUGUAAAAUUUUGUGUAAAUCGGUGCUUAUCGGAGUAAUGACACCUGGGAAUUGGCUGUAGUUUUUAUUAAUUUUAUAUUGUAAAUAAUCCAUUCUUGA